AUGUUUUUCUCGGAUGAAGCUGACGCCCCGACGGAUCGCACGAUCUACAUCAACGAUCCCGUCAAGAACCAGCUCUCCAAGUUUCUCCACAACGGCGUCACCACGGCAAAGUACAACUACUUUACGUUCCUGCCCCGUUUCCUAUAUGAGCAGUUCUCCAAGUAUGCCAACCUGUUCUUUUUGUUCACGGCGUGCAUUCAGCAAAUUGGCGACCUAUCCCCAACCAACCGAUGGGGCACCGUCAUUCCUCUCAGCAUUGUCGUGUGUGUGUCGGCCCUGAAGGAAAUCGUCGAGGACCGCAAGCGCCAUCAGCAGGACAACGAGCUCAAUACCCGCUUCGUCAAGGUGCUCCGUGGCGAUGCCUUUGAGGAGAAGAUGUGGCGUGACGUCGUCGUCGGCGACAUUGUACGCAUCGAGAACGGUCAGUCCUUCCCGGCCGAUCUCAUCCUUCUCAGCAGCUCCGAGCCCGAUGCGCUGUGCUAUAUCGAGACCAGCAACCUGGAUGGCGAAACCAACCUCAAGAUCCGCCAGGGGUUGCCCGAGACAGCCGAGCUGCUCUCGCCCGAGGAGGUCUCUCGGCUCACCGGCGUAAUCAAGUCGGAGCUCCCCAACAGCAGCCUGUACACUUAUGAAGGCACCCUGCGUUUGGAGCACAAGGAGGUUCCUCUGGAGCCGAUCCAGCUGCUUCUUCGCGGCGCUAUGCUUCGCAACACCCGCUGGGUCUAUGCCGUCGUCAUCUUCACAGGCCACGAGACCAAGCUCAUGCGCAACGCCACCGCCACCCCAAUCAAGAGCACCAAGGUGGAGCGCUUCGUCAACCGCCAGAUCAUUUUCCUGUUUAUCAUACUGCUGCUGAUGGCCAUCGUCUGCUCGGCUGGAAACCUUGUUCGCGCGCUCGACGGAAGGUUCAACCGCUACAUCCUCUACCAGCAAACGGACACUCAAACCAUCUGGGCCAACUUUGGCGCAAACAUCCUGACUUUCAUCAUCCUGUUUAACAACCUCAUCCCCCUCAGCUUGAUUGUCACCAUGGAGUUUGUCAAGUUCUCCUUGGGCACAUUGAUCAACUCGGACAUGGAUCUCUACCAUGAGGAGACCGAUACCGCAGCAACGGCGCGAACGUCUUCGCUCGUCGAAGAGCUUGGCCAGAUUGACUACAUAUUCUCCGACAAGACCGGCACCCUCACCUGCAAUGUCAUGGAGUAUCGCAUGUGCUCCAUCGGUGGCAUCGCCUAUGCCGAGAUUGUCCCAGAGGAUAAGAAAGCGCGCAUCGAUGAAAGUGGCAAAGAAGUGGGAUAUUACGACUUCCAUAGGCUUCAGUACAACCUCAAGGGCGGACAUCCAACCGGCUCUGUGAUCCGCGAGUUCCUGACAUUGCUUGCCGUGUGUCACACCGUCAUUCCCGAGAUUCCGGAAGACGACCCCAGCACCAUCAUUUACCAGGCCUCGUCUCCGGACGAGGGUGCGCUGGUCAAGGGAGCACAGAUGCUUGGAUUCAAAUUUACGACUCGGCGCCCCAAGUCCGUGACGAUCGCCGUCGAAGGACAAGACCUGGAAUAUGAGGUGCUCAACAUUUGCGAGUUCAACUCCACCCGCAAGCGCAUGUCGGCCAUCGUGCGUGCUCCCAGUGGCGAGCUCAAGCUGUACAUCAAGGGCGCCGAUACCGUGAUUCUCGAGCGACUCGCCCCAGACAACAAUCCAUACGUGAAUAUCACUUGUGCCCAUCUCGAAGACUAUGCUACCGAGGGCCUGCGAACGCUCUGUAUCGCUUACCGCGACAUCUCCGAGGAGGAGUAUACCGAGUGGUCUGAGAUCUACAACAAAGCGGCAACGACCAUCAACAAUCGCGGCGAGCAGCUCGACCGGGCGGCUGAGCUCAUCGAGAAGGACCUUAUCCUGCUGGGCGCCACUGCGAUCGAGGACAAGCUUCAGGACGGCGUGCCUGAUACUAUCCACACGCUCAUGAGUGCCGGCAUCAAGGUCUGGGUGCUGACGGGCGAUCGUCAGGAAACAGCCAUCAACAUUGCAUACUCGUGCAAACUGAUCACGGACGAAAUGGGCCUCAUCAUCUGCAACGAGACGACCCACUUUGAGACCAAGGAGUUCCUCGAGGAGAAGCUGCAGACCGUCAAGGAUGGGCUCAGUGGUGCAGCAAUCAAGAAAACUCAGAAGAAAUCGUGGUGGGGCAAGCCAAAGUUUCAUAUUGACAAGGACGCCGACACCGAUGCUGAGCCACUCGCACUCGUCAUCGAUGGACGGACUCUUGAGUUUGCUCUCGAGAAAGACAUCUCGUUCAUCUUUCUGGAGCUCGCAACAAUGUGUAAGGCGGUUGUAUGCUGCCGCGUCUCCCCCCUCCAGAAGGCCCUGGUCGUCAAGCUCGUCAAGAAAAACGUCCAGGGCAGCGUCACGCUCGCGAUCGGCGACGGCGCCAAUGACGUGAGCAUGAUCCAGGCGGCCCAUGUCGGCAUCGGCAUCAGCGGCAUGGAGGGACUCCAGGCGGCACGCGCUGCCGAUUUUGCCAUUGCCCAGUUCCGGUUCCUGCGCAAGCUGCUGCUCGUGCACGGCGGAUGGGCUUACUCGAGGCUGAGCAAGCUGAUUCUGUACAGCUUUUACAAGAACAUUACGCUGUAUCUCAUCCAGCUCUGGUUCGCCUUUGACAACGGCUUCUCCGGACAGACUCUAUUCGAGUCUUGGACCCAGUCGGCCUACAAUGUAGCCUUUGCAGUCUUUCAGCCGGUCGCCAUCGGCAUCUUUGACCAGUACGUCAACUCGCGGAUGCUCAACAUGUACCCUCAGAUGUACAAGAUUGGGCAGCGAUCCGAGUUCUACAACUACAGGACGUUCUGGUCGUGGAUUGCCAACUCCUUCUUCCACGCCCUCGUGAUGUACUGGUGCUUCUCGCAGAUUUACGGCGAGGGAACCAUGCUGGCCGAUGGUCGCGUUGGCAACCAGUGGCUCCUCGGGCAGAUGGUCUACACCAGCGACGUCAUCACGAUCUCGCUCAAGGCGGCGAUGGUGGCCGAUACCUGGGUCAAGUUCACUUGGGCGGCCGUGUACGGCUCGCUGGUGCUCUGGUUCAUCCUAUUCCCGAUCUAUGUCGCCGUGGCCCCAUCGAUCGGACUGUCAACGGAGCUGUACGGCCUCAACCCGCCCAUGUUCGAGAGCGCGGGAUUCUGGUUUGGCAUCCUCCUGAUCCCUGUGAUCGCCAACUUCCGCGACUUUACUUGGAAAUUCUUCAAGCGCAACUACCUCUGCAAGUCGUACCAUAUUGUCCAGGAGAUCCAAAAGUUCAACAUCCCAGACUAUCGCCCUCGCAUGGAAUGGUUCAGGAAGGCUGUUCACAAGGUCCGCAUGGUCCAACGCAUGAAACGAACGCGAGGCUUUGCCUUCUCGCAGAGCGACAGCGGCCAGGCCAACCUGAUCCGGGUCUACGACACAACCCGCAGAAAGCCCAAAGGAUGAGCUCGAUGGGCCCGGCUUGGGCUGCGAGCAAGCCUUGCGUCUCGGCAGCAGAUACAGGCUCCUCUCUUUCUCCUCCGAACACCACGCUCUUCUAUCACGGUAUUCACUCUCGCCUACCUUUCUUCUUCCUCUCAACUCACACCCCUCCUUUCUUAUUCUCCAAUCUCUAUUUCUAUCCAUUUCUCUCUAUUUCUCUCUUUCCUCAUUUGCGGAGCAGGCUCUUGCAGUCUCGAUCGUUGGGCUGCAAAGCGCCAUCCGCGGCAUCAAAAACGGGACAUGCUCGCUG